AACAGUUCCCUGCAGACUGACAGACACAAUGACAGCAGCGGUGGCUCGCCGUUGAUGCCGCAUGUGGCCUUUGAACCCAUUGUUGUGUCGCGGGUGACGUCAGUGCCGUGUGCGGGAGACGGAGCGGCGUGCGCCUGGCGAGACAAAGGCGGCGGACCGACCGGGGUCAGGCAGCAGCAGCAGAGAGCCGAGAAACACUGUUUUUUAUUUAACUAAAAGGUAACUGCUAACCUUGGAUUUCCGCUGCGGUCUCCCUGACGGUACGCAGAAUGAAGACCCAGUGACACUCCCAGGAAUAUGCUUUGACUCUGCAGAAAGACAAAAAAACAACAGUGCCCUCUUUUCGUUUGUAAACGUUUUUCUCCUACGCCCCCCAUUUAGCGUGCUAGCUAGCUAACCCUGCUAGCUCCCUAGCGUUGCACAGCACAGUGCUGGUCUCCUCCUCCUGGCUGCUUCUCAUCUUUGCAUCAAAAGCUGGGCGACAAGCGAAGACAGGAUCUCGUCGACUGAGGCAAGAUACAAAAAGGGUGAGUUCACUCCCAACAAACAGGCAUCUGUGAUCUGAUGUGAGAUCCACGGAGAGACUAUGCCUAGCCCUUUAUUCCACCCCGAGAUUAUGGACCACGACGUGGUGAUCAGCAGCCAGCACAACGGGGUCGGUAUGCCCCGAGAGACGGACCAGGAGUCUCGGGAAGAGGACCACCAAGAGGCGCUCCGCUUCGCCCUGGACCAGCUGUCACUCAUGGCCCUGGAUAAGGUGGACUGUGGGGGUGGUAGCGGAGGCGUCGGGCUUGUCGACAGACUAGAUGGGACCCAGGGUCCAGGCUCUGAGGGUUGCAACGGUGUGGGCGGAGGCGGCUACGUGGAUCUACAGAUGCUGGAGCAUCCCAAUGGGUCCCGGGACUCACCGACCUCCUGCUCUCCAUCCCCGGAGUACUACGGCUCGGGCGGGUACCACAUGGCCGGCUCACACUCAAUGCUCCACGGGGAACAAAGCUCAGUCCUCUGCAGCAGGAAAAGAAGUGUCAACAUGACUGAAUGUGUGCCUGUCCCCAGCUCUGAACAUGUGGCCGAAAUAGUGGGGAGACAAGGUUGUAAGAUUAAGGCUUUGCGUGCCAAAACAAAUACCUAUAUAAAGACUCCAGUCCGAGGUGAGGAGCCUGUGUUCAUCGUGACGGGACGCAGGGAGGAUGUGGAGAUGGCCAAACGUGAAAUUGUCUCUGCGGCUGAGCAUUUCUCUAUGAUCCGGGCGUCCCGCUGCAAAGCUGGAGGGCCUGGAGGAGGAGGAGGCGCGACAGCAGCAGCAAGCAGCAGCAGCAGCACCGGCGGCGGUGGCGGCGGAAGCUCUCUUCCUGGACCACCACACUUACCUGGGCAGACCACCAUACAGGUGAGAGUGCCCUACAGAGUAGUUGGUUUAGUUGUUGGACCAAAGGGAGCAACUAUCAAGCGCAUCCAGCAGCAGACUCACACCUACAUCGUGACACCCAGUCGAGAGAAAGACCCUGUGUUUGAGGUGACCGGCAUGCCGGAGAAUGUGGACCGAGCGAGAGAGGAGAUUGAGACCCACAUCACCCUGAGAACGGGAACCUUUGUAGACCUGCAGGGAGACAACGACUUCCACUCCAACGGCACUGAUGUCAGUCUCGAAGGCUUGGGCGCCCUAAGCGGAGGGCUGGGGUCGUCUCUGUGGUCCAGGGCUUCUGGCCACCAUUCUGCACCCCCUCCUCCUCCACCCUCCCCUCCUCCUCCUCCUAUUCCCAUGUCCAUGCACCACUCCUCCAGCCGGAAGAUGUCUUCUACGGUAGCCUAUCACACGCACAACGGCGGGAUGAGCUCAGACAACUUCAGCACCAACCGCAAGGCCAACGAGGGAGGCAGCCCCACGAGCCCUUUCAGCACAGGCUCCAGCAGUGCGGGCGGAGGAUUCACUUUCGGGGGCGACUCCACCCCAGGGCUGCCCUCCUCAGAAGAAGUGGGCUUUGAGUUCAGUGCUGCCAACAUCUGGGCACCUUUUGUCAACGGUGGAACAGGCAAUAAGAUGGCCGGCUCCGCCCAGCAGCAACCUCUACGCCGCAACAGCAGCGGCCUCAGCGGUGGCGCCAUCACGCCACGAUUGUCUCCAACUCUGCCUCAGGACACGGGCGUGGGCCCCCUGGAUCAUCCAUUAGCCCGUCGUGCACAGAGCGACCCCCUCAGCACUCUCUCCUGGCUGCAGUCUGGCAACGCUGGAGGCGGCUCCUUCUCCGGAGCGUCCAGCUCCAGCUCCGCCGGCUCGUCGACCGGUUACUCCUCCUGCUCUGCCUCCUCCCUGCCUGGUGGCUCACCCACCGACUCCGAAGGAGGCGGCAGCGGCGUGGGUCUCAGCUCUGGGAUGCUGAGCCGGCUGAAAGGCCCCGGGGUCGCGGGUCUGGUUGGCCCCGGGAUCAACAGGGACUGCUUUGUGUGUUUUGAGAGCGAGGUGACAGCAGCCCUGGUGCCUUGUGGCCACAACCUGUUCUGCAUGGAGUGCGCUGGGCAAAUCUGCCAGUCAGCUGAGCCAGAGUGCCCCGUCUGCCACACCCCCACCACACAGUGCAUCCGCAUCUUCUCCUAAUGCCCCGGCAGGGGGGUGGGGUGGAGGGUAAAAUACAAGGGGGACAGGAAGAAUGGAGUGGGGCACCAGCUGAGGCAGAUGGAAGGAUUCACACUAAUAACUUUCACACACACAUGAUGGACCAUAAUAAAUGCAUAACAGAGAUGAUGAUACUAUACGGAUGUUGAUUUAUUGCUGAUAACUGUCAAGAUUAAUAAUAACAAUAAUAAUAAUGACUGACUUAUUUUCAGAGUGAAGUUAAUUGAAACUGGUCUGCGGACAGUUGGUGGCUCAGACAGUCUCUCAGUGAUGAACUUAUGGAAGGAAACUAGUGUCUUAUCUCUCUUCAGGCCUUCAUUUUGACCCGGCGCACUGCCGGUCUGUCUCGACAUUUCUUCAUUCUGGCUUCUUCAGAUCUCUGCCUGCUUUCUCUCUCACAGCCUUUCCUUUUGACACUUUUGUACUUAACAGAUAUUUUUCGAUGAAGCUGUCAAGGCCUGCACUUUUCUACUCCUUCAUUUUAAUGUUUCUGACAGGAAGCAAACCGUUCCAAACACCUCCUCCCUCCUUGCUUUCUCCUCUUGCUCUCACUCAUGCUGUUGUCUGUGACAUGAAGAGCAGGGUUGCUAUUUUUCUGUAAGAUGGAACUUUUUUAAAGGACCGUGAUGAAGUCAGGCACCUAUCGUAACAAUACACCCGGACCUCUUAAGGAGGACUUAAUGUUUCUCGCUGGGACACAAAAAUUAGCCAUCAGUAAUGCCAAAUGAAUGCUAUUAAAUAGACGUCUCUUAAUUCUUGAUCAAAUUCAAUAACGCGUUGGAUGAAUUUGGAUGCCCCACAUUUCAAAUGUGUCUGCUGCAUUAAUUCACAUUAAUAAUCCUUUUAGUAAGUGAUAAACACACCAUCUGUGAUACUGUAGGAAUGUGUCUGAGGUCAGUUCUUACGUUUUGGCUGCCUGACGAUCCCUUUACGUCUCUCUAUUGCGUGUGCGUCAAUAAUGCUCACUCGUGCUGUUUUUACAUCGGCAUCAUGUGUCUCCAUGUGAAGGUCUGGUUUCUGUCCUGCUUCCCCUCUCCGUCACGUCACUCAGUCUUACGGGAAGGCUUCGCUCUGAUCCAUCCACACCAUCACAUCCUGUCUGUUACACUCGGAUCGGCUCGUUUAGUGUUUUCUACUAUUUCUUGACUCUUGACUGUCAAGUGUGUGGCUCGCGGACACAUUUUGAACUCUAGGAUAAGAUAGGGCUUUUCUGAUGUCACACGUGAAUGUUUUGUCCAGUAAGGUUAUGGAGAGACUUCUGCUCCUCCCACACAAAACAAUAACAAGGGGUUCGAUUAAACCUCUUUUUUUUUUUAUCAUGCACUGUAACUCCCGGUCCCUCUAAAAAAAAAAAAAGAAAAAAAACAGCUCUUACUGUUUUUUGUUUUGGUCUUCCACCCCACUCUGACAGCAAAGCUGUAUGGCACUCAGAUGACUCACUGUCAUACCCAUAUAGCGCUGUACUCCUGGCCAAAUGUGGUGCACUAUGUGGUAAGUUGUUUAAGAUUUGUCCUAUGUUUUCAUAGCAUUAAUGAUGAGGCGGUUGCAUCCUGUUUUGUGUUAGUGGUUUUUAAAGAAUUCAGUGUGAGUUUGCAGUAACCGCCUCCUAUAGUGUUAAUACUGUACGUAUAAUUUAGGGCAAUAUUGGUGCGAUGGUACGCGGUUGCCGUUAGCGGCCCUUUUUUUUUUUUAACAUGCAUGGGAUCAGCUCAUAGAAUGAGACAAGCCAUGACGACAGAAUUUAAACGACACACCCAAUUCUCAAGGGCUUCCUCUGACUGCACAGACACAUGAUCACAUUUUCAGGCUCACACGCAGUAGGUAGAACUUAUCCUUUAUGGCAGCUAGUAGCUAGGUCAUCCAGGGCUUCCAGACACUCUUUGUGUUCAAAUCCCAGCAGCUGCAGAAUGUUUUGCUUAUUUUUUUUAAAUUAUAUUUUCUAACCGUCUCUACACAGUCAUCACAUUCGGAUCCUGUCAGUAGGGCAUUGCAGUCACAGUGUGUCGUCCUCUCUGGACGUAGUCUCAGAUCAGGACGGGUUGUUGGGUUUUAAUAUUGAGGGGGAAAAGGGUAACUCUACUUUGAGUAAAUAAUUGGCGAGAAUGGGCAGUUGCUGCUGUGCUUUGGUGCUCCAGCCAGUAUGAUAAACUUAUUUGCUGUCUGACUGUUCGUUUGCUACUUAGGUGACGAAGGCAGCAGCUGCACAGAGGAAUCUAAUAAGCCGCUGUCCUGGUUGAGCACAGCAGUGCACUCAUUCAUGUGUCCACACAUGUAGGCAAAAUAUGCCCAGGAGCUGAACCGGUAGUCUUUGUGAAGACUAUCCCAUGGUGCAUUGGUGCAACUCCCUAUUGAAACACAGCGUUGAACUAACCCAGUUGGGAGUGGGAGCCCUCUUAGCUCUCAGACUAAACUUCUGCAGUGCACUGUAAACCUGACAACCCUGUUCUUAUUCUUGUCGACCCACCCCCCUCGUCGGGCUCUGAUGUCAAACGUCGCAUUUCGUCUCUCGCGCGCACUCAGAACAGAUGCAGGGCUGUGAACGCAUCCAAAAGAACAGAUCUGUCGUGUGAGUCUGUUGAGGCCAAUCGUAAAGCCCUUCUUCAAACUGUCCAAGUCGACGUGUUAAAGGAACGUGUUGUAUUUGCCAGAUGGUUCUGAUGUUCAUCCUGGUGUUGCACUGGGGUGUUUCUGGCCAAUGAGAGAAUGUUAGGGUUUAAUGUACAGUAGUUUCAUUGUUAAAAAGGUACCAAGUUUUUCAGAUUGACUGCUGAUUUUUUUUUUUUUUUUUUGCCAAAUUUAUCCCCUCCCCCAUUUCCUUCCUAAAGGUUUGAAAACAGGGUUUCCUGAGGCAUGCUAGCCAGUGACCUCUGACCUUUUUUGUGAUUUAGAGGGGGGGAUGCGAAGAGUGCUACGCCAGUAAGGGGUGACAGACACCCCUCAAGACGCCGCUCUCCUAUUUUUUGCUUUAAUUCUCUUUUGUAUGCAGAACCAAAAUGUAAAACGUCGGCAAACUAGGUUUCAGGCCUGACCUGUGUGUAUAUACCCUGAAUACAAUCAUUGGGAUCUUGUUUUCAAAAGCAAAAUGACUUAAUUGAAGAUAAGUGUAGUUUCUAAAGAACAUGUAUCAUUAUUUGUAAGUUAACCAUCUGCAUGUCUUCAAGCCACCUGGCAUUAGCUAAUAAUUUUUAAGAUAAAAAAAAAAAAACUUUUUACACAUUUUUAUUUUUUACAAUUUAUUUGCUUACCUAAAUAUCCCAGACAAUAAU